CACGAUGCCGAUGCUCCGCCUCCCCUCGGGCGCGGACGUCUACGCCGAAGUCCACGAAGCGACCGCACCCCCGUCCGGCCCGCCGGUGCUCCUCAUCCACGGCCUCUUCUCCUCCACUAAGCUCUGGACGCCCAUCACCGCCGCCCUCCCUGCGCGCACGCGCAUCGCGUACGACUACUAUGGGCACGGCCGGACGCCCGUCUCGCGCGACGCGCCCACCACCGCCUUCCUCGCGUCGCAGAUUCCCCAAAUCCUCGCGCAGCUGGGUUUGGACGAGACGCAGCAGGUCGACGUCGUCGCGCACUCGGGCGGGUGCUUGAUAGCGAUGCACUUCGCGGCAGAAUAUCCUGCCGCCGUGCGCCGGCUCGUGCUCCUCGGCCACGCGCCCGUCCCGCCGCGGCGCGAGCGCGAGAACGCGGCGCUCAUCCGCGAGAAGGGGCUCGGCGCGCUCGUGGACGUGUCGAAGGACUGGCUCGGGCAGCGAGCCCGGGACGACCCGGCGGUGCUCGCAAGAAUCGACGAGGAGAAGACGGCGCAUGACGCGGAGGGCGUCGCGAGGGUGUGCGAGGAGCGCGUGAGCUUUGAGUGGCGGGUGUGGCCUGCGGACACGGUGGUUGUGUUUGGGAGGGAGGACCCGCUGCGGAGGUUUAGCCAGAAUGUGUACGAUGCGCUGAAGGCGCGGGAGGGCAGGAAGGUGAAGUGGGUGGAUGUGGAUACGGGGCAUCAUUACAUGUUUGAGGAUCCUGAGGGGAUAGGGCGGGUGGUUAGGGAUGCGCUGGAGGAUGAGUUAUGAGGUCGAGGCAAGUGUCAAGAAUGCCUGCGGUUGUAUGAUACGGUAGACGAUCGAUAACACCCCACUCAUGUGUAUCAUACAAUCAUCAAUUAGCAUCCCUACUCGUAUAUACCAUACUAUGUUAGUCGUAAUAUAUCAAAGCUGGGAUUCGGG